GCCGAAAUUUUGGCCCCCUGCAUAUGAUGUAUCAUAUAUGUCUCUUGAUGUCGUUCAAUUAUCAUUGUCAGUUUAUAACUGAACUAUAUAAUAUGUGUAGUUGUGUACUUAGGAGCGCUUAGAUUAGGAGUGCUCUGAUAAGACGUAUCCAAUUCUCUUUUAUAUAACAAUACAAAUUCGAUACCACGAGAUUCGCAUGUGUAGGACAAGGGGUUGAAAUGGGUUUGUUGACAGAUCCUAGAGCUGGACCUGGAAAAGUAAUAAAACUAUUGUUAAAAUGGGAACGACCGCUGUGUUUUCUUCUUUAUAUCAGUGGAAUUGCUUGGAUAUUACUUCUUGCUUUACCGACGUUUAAUGACAAUACAUAUUUCUCUGAAAAUGCAUUGUUACCAGGAUUGGUUACGAAAGAAAGUAACUUGGAACAGACAUCGAAACAAUAUUAUCUAGAAUUAAUUCACGAAAUGAAACGCUAUCCGGAUGCAAUGCCGUACGCGUGGCUGGCCGCUAAAUUAAAUCAACUUCAAUUAGAUGUUUUUGUACACAAUUUCUCGUUAAUAUAUCCUUUCCAAGAACAACGGUAUACAGGGCAAAAUAUAUAUGGAAUCAUAAGAGCUCCAAGAGCGGCUAGUACAGAAGCGAUUAUAGUUAGUGUCCCCUUCAGACCAGUUUACAGUAUUUAUUUGGACACUGCUCCUUCUGUUGCUCUUCUUCUUGCAUUUGCAAAAUUCUGUAGGAGGCAGAAAUACUGGGCAAAAGACAUUAUAUUCUUAAUUACAGAACAUGAACAAUUAGGAAUUCAGGCAUGGCUAGACGCGUACCAUGGAGUUACGAGUGGUAAUGAAGGUGUGCUAAUAUCUGGAGACCUUUCAGGUCGUGCUGGUUCCAUUCAAGCAGCUAUUAACUUAGAAUUACAUUCAAUGAAGAUUUCCUCUAUUGAUGUUAAGGUAGAAGGAUUAAAUGGACAACUACCGAACCUAGACCUUUUUAAUUUAGCGCAAAAUAUGAUUGCUAAAGGAGGAAUUAGACAAACGUUUCAAAGACGUUUCGAUAUUAAAUAUAAAGAUAAAUUUAAAAAUUGGUGGUAUCAUUUUAAUACGCUUCUGAUGAUGAUUGCGACUCAGGCUACUGGAGUUCCAACAGGAAAUCAUGGACUCUUUCAUAGGUUCGGUAUAGAAGCGAUCACUUUGGAAGGUUUCGAGAAACCUGGACAACAAAAUUCCGAUGAAAAUUUUUAUCAAGUAGGUCGUAUAGUAGAGAGUAUAAUACGAUCGCUAAACAAUUUACUAGAACGCUUUCAUCAGUCUUACUUUUUUUAUCUACUUCCAUCGACUGAUACUUAUAUUUCUAUUGGGCUCUAUAUAAGAUCCCUAGUAUUAAUUAUUGCCAUAGUAUUUAUUAAAGCAUUUUCCAUGUGGCAGAGGCUACAAGUAUCCACUUCUAUAGAAAAUAAAAAAAGUACUACUUCAAAGCAAUCAAAGAAAGAUGGAUUCGAUAUUGGAACUAUAACUUCAGAGAUAUUGUGGGCACACAUUUGUGGAGUUGUAAUCGCAUCGUCUCCUCAUGCGUUAACUUACAUUGGUAGUAAAUUAUGGAAUCUUCGUACAGAAGAUUCUAUAUAUUUUGGCUUUGCAGCUAUAACUGUUUUAACAGUAAUGUUGCCACUUUAUUCGAGAAGGAAAAUGAAGUUUAAAAAUGCAGCUUUAAUUUGUGUAAUCGCGUCAGUAGAACUGGCCACUGUAUUAAUGUGUUUAGCGAUGCACAAUUUUUCGUUAGCGCUUGUCGCUGCUGUAGUUUAUGCGCCUGCUAUUCUGCCGAUAACACCAAAACAAAAUUCUACCAGCAAAUUUCGCAGCGUAAUCUCUUUUCUAUGGAUUCUUCUACAUCCAUUCGUGACAUCAAGCGUUCUCAUAAUGUGUUACACAUAUAUCAAUUUUACUACCGAGCCUUUUCUCUCAAUCCUGUUUAGGGGAUAUCGUGCCAUAAAGCAAGCAUACGUUUUUAGUAUUAUGGAUUCAAUGAUAUACGGAAAUUGGUUCUACAAUGUAACAAUUUCUAUGAUGCUUCCUAUUUGGCUUUUGUUUUGGAAUAUUUUGUGUUCAGAUAGUGUAAUACAUUCUUAAUACAAGUAAACUAAUUUUGUUGGAACAAUA